GCACUGGGGGAGCUAGGACUUCCUGGUUUCAAACAUGGAGAGACUGUGCAGCUUACUGGUGGUGCUGGCCGCCAUGGCCCGUCUGGGUGCCGCUGACACCCCAGCUAACUGCAGCUUUCCAGAUCUGGAGGGGACCUGGGAGUUCAGUGUGGGACAGCAGCUGGGAGGGAAAAGCGACAUCGACUGCUCCGAUGGGGGUACCACUGGAAGUAAAUAUACAGUUCGUCUGAAAGAACUCAAUAUUGCUGAAGAUGAAAUGGGAAAUGUUGGUUUCUUCACUCUUAUCUACAAUCAAGGUUUUGAAGUUAACAUAAAUGGCUACAAGUGGUUUGCCUUUUUUAAGUAUGAAAAGCAAGGCACAAAUGUUACAAGCUACUGCCAUGAAACCCUCCCCGGGUGGGUGCACAACGUACUCGGUAAAAAUUGGGCAUGCUUUGUAGGAAAAAAGGUUACAUCUUCACCACGACGCAUAGUAAACCCAGUACCUUACGUAGAGGAUGAAGGAAGGCUAUCAACUAGACUCUACAAUUACAACUUGGGAUUUGUUGAGCAAAUCAAUAUGGUUCAGAAAUCCUGGACUGCAACAGUGUAUCCAGAAUAUGAGAAGAUGACCCUUCAGAAUCUUGUUAGACGAGCUGGUGGUAAACAUUCCAGAAUCCCAAGUAUACCGAAGCCUGCUCCCAUGCCCACUGAUGAGAAGUACCAGGGACUCCCGCCUGCUUUUGACUGGAGAAAUGUAAAUGGUUACAACUUUGUCAGCCCAGUUAGAAAUCAAGGAAACUGUGGAAGCUGUUAUGCCUUUGCUACUAUGGGAAUGCUAGAAUCUCGAAUUCGUGUUUCCUCGCAACUCCGCCAGACUCCUACCCUGAGCCCACAGCAGAUAGUGUCUUGCAGUAAUUAUUCUCAAGGUUGUGAUGGAGGCUUUCCAUAUCUAAUUGCUGGGAAAUAUGGCCAAGACUUUGGUAUUGUCGAAGAAUCCAACUUUCCCUACACUGGCUCAGACUCUCCUUGCACUCUGAAAGAUGACUAUUACCGAUAUUACACUGCUGAAUAUCACUAUGUAGGAGGGUUUUAUGGCGGUUGCAAUGAGGCCUUGAUGAAAUAUGAGCUUCUAAUGGGAGGUCCACUAGCUGUAGCUUUUGAGGUGUAUGAUGACUUUAUGCACUAUGGAGGAGGGAUCUACCACCACACUGGGCUGCGAGACAACUUCAACCCAUUUCAGCUAACAAACCAUGCUGUCCUGCUGGUUGGUUAUGGGGAAGCGUCCAAUGGUGAAAAGUACUGGAUAGUAAAAAACAGUUGGGGCGAGUCAUGGGGUGAAAAGGGCUACUUUAGAAUCCGCAGAGGCACAAAUGAGUGUGCAAUUGAAAGUAUAGCAGUGUCUGCAUCCCCUAUUGCAAAACUCUAAUUCUUUAAUCAAGACACACAAGAGUAGCAGGUUUUAUUUCCUAACCUGUGAAUUGGAAGCCAGAAUGCAAAAUUAAAUGGAGUUGAACCCUCCACGCACCCACACCUUUUACCCCUUAAAGACCGAACUUCUGGAAUAAAAGGGAAUCAUGACAUGUCACACAUGUCGUGUCCAUAAAGGAUUACCUUUUUUUUUUUUUAGUUUCACUUGUAUUUAGCAACUUGGCUUUCAACUCACUAACUUGCGAAUAGACCAAUCAUUCACCAAUGCCAACCACCCAUGGGAGGGGCAUUGACUGUAAGUUUAGUCUUUUUUGUUGUCCUGUAGACAUGAUUAUGAAUCGUGUGUUUUGUUUUUUUGUAUGUAAAUUAAAUGUGGCAUGUGAUCUAUUAACCCACAAGGGAUAGGGGGAGCAUGCACCCCCUCUGCAAUGAGGUUAAAGGGACACUCCAGGCACCCAGACCCCUCCUGCCCAUUGGAGUGGUCUGGGUGCCAACUCCCACUACUUUUAACCUUGCCAGUGUAAUUAUUGCAGUUUUUUUUUUUACAAACUGCAAUAAUUACCUUGCAGGGUUAACUCCACCUCUAGUGGCUGGCUACUAGACAGCCACUAGAGGGAACUUCCUGACUCCUAGCACAGAUUAUCUGUGCUAGAGCGUCACUGGACAUCCUCACGCUGUGUGAGGACCUCCAGCGUCACUCAAUUCCCCAUAGGAAAGCAUUGAAAAUCUUUUUCAAUGCUUUCCUAUGGGGAGACCUCAUGCGCGGCAUUGCCGCGCCUGCGCAUUAGGUCUCGUGGGCGGGAUCAGUCUCGCCCACCAGCCGGAGUCAGGCGGAGGAGGAGGCAGCGACGAGGGACAUCGUCGCUGCCUCAGGUAAGUGACUGAAGAGGUUUUCACCCCUUCAGCAACUGUGGGUGGGAGGGAGAGGGAACCUGCAGUGACAGGAAAACUGUUUUCCUGGCACUGGAGUUUUCCUUUAAAGGAUAAUGUUUUGCUGGAAAGUGUUUGUUUUUUUUGUUUUGUUUUUGUUCUAUAAAACUUGGCUUUUAUGCUUCACAAACAGGUAUUUUGAAGUGAACUCUAAAAUUCUUUAUCAAAGGGACAUCAUUUUUAUGUGCCUUAAUGCUCCAAUCAGGGAAUAUAUUUUUAAGUGUUGCGUUGAAUCUUUGUAUGCAGAAAUAAAGUUGUCUUUUCUUA